AUGUGGAGUGCUGGGUUAGGGUUCCGCCCACCGAGGUAUCUCUGAUCGCAGGGCAGACAGGCAGAGUGUAAAAUGGCGCACAGCUGUCGGUGGCGGUUCCCUGCUCGGCCCGGAGGGAGCAGCAACUCCGGUACCGGGAGGAGAGCGGGCCGAAUCAGGGUUACUGCCUCUCUGCGGAGUAUCUUGGGAGCCCACCCCAACGCAGCUGGACUCGGACCCGGUUUUGAUGCUGCAUUACAGGUCUCUUCGGUUAUUGGAAGCAACCUGCAGAAAUUUCGGGAUGUUUUGGGGGAAUCGAGCGACUCGAGCAGCGGGGAGGAAGAAGCAUUUGGAGGGUUUGGAACAGUUGCUGAGCAGAAAGGAGUACAGAGCCCUUCAACAACCUCAUUGGCGGGCCCAGUCAUACAGGAGAAGAAGCCCAGAGGUCGACCUCCACGGUCCCUGACUAUCCAGAAAGCUGCUACAAGUCUACAUACUCCCUCCUCCCUUUCCUCCCCUACACAGGUGAAACCUGAGGACAAUGAAAGGACAGCUGAGAAGGUAAAAAGGCUGCCUGGGAGGCCACCUGGCACUGGGGAAAAGAGAAGAGGUAGACCCCCAUCUUCAAGUAGCAAGAAAGCUUGGAGUACAGGCAGCCAUGCAGCAGGAGAGGAUAGUAGGCAGGCUGGGUCUGAGUUGGGUGUGGACACAGAGGAGGAUAAAGACAAAAAGGGUGCCAGGAGGAUGCCCCUCGGCUCUGCUCAGCCACAUGACACUGAGGCAAAGCUUUCCAAAGGUGGGUGUAGUGAAUCCAAAGUUGGCAACCUGAAGAGGCUGAAAGGGACUAAACUUGCCCCUCUCAAGUCACGUCUCAAGACUUUGCCUGGUGCACCCCGACGCAGACGUGGGCGACCACCCUCGGCUGAGCGGCUCAAAGCCGAGGCUGCAGCUGCUACUGCUGCUGCUCAGCUGUCUACCUCGGUUGACUGUGGUGAAGGGAAACACAAGGCCUUUAGGGUCAGAGGUGGUGACAGAGGCACAGAACCACACACUCCCCAACAGACCAUAGUGAGGAAUGUGGAUGGACCUGAGGACCAGGAUUCUUCCAAUUCACCUGCCUCCCCAUCUCCCUCCAAGCCAGGCAGGACAGUAGGCCUCAGAAAAAGCCCUCGCCAUAGAAAACCUGUCAGAAUUGUCCCACCCUCUAAACGCACUGAUGCAACCAUUGCUAAACAGCUGCUGCAGCGAGCUAAAAAAGGGGCGCAGAAACGGCUGGAGAAAGAAGCUGUGGCCAUUGGGGGUAGUGGAGCGGGAGCCAUUGAAGCUGGCAUCAGGAAGACCCAGCUGAAGAAUAUCAGGCAGUUCAUCAUGCCUGUGGUCAGCACAGUCUCCCUUCGCAUCAUUAAAACCCCCAAGCGCUUCAUUGAAGAUGAGGGCAGCUUUGGAACCCCACCUCCCCAUAUGAAGAUACCACGGUUAGAAGCAACCCCCUCAUCUGUGUCUACAUCUGUCCAACCCACCUCCACCACAUCCUCUUCACCCUCUCCUGUGCUGGUUUCCCCUGCAUCUGCUGUUACUAGUAUUGGUACCACCUCUCUGGUCGACUCCCUCCCUCCUCCUCCACCGCCUGCCCCCGUCCCCACUGUUCCACCCACAGCUGCCAGUCUGCUCAACAGCAACAACACCAACAACGCUGCUAACGGGCGGUUUAGCAGUAGUGUGGCAUCUUGUGGCUCAAGUGCUGUGUCGCAGCAUUCCUCUCAGCUCUCCUCUGCAGAAUCAUCCAGGUCCAGCAGCCCAAGCUUGGAUGACUCAUCAUGCGACUCCCAGGCUUCUGAGGCCACACAGGUUUUGUCAGAGGCAGAGGAUCACUCUCCGUCCUCACAGGGAGAGAGGGAGGCCAGCCUGUUACACAGCUCACGGCCUCCCUCUCCCCCAUCUGAGCCUGAGCCUGAGCCAGAGCCAGAGCGCGUGUUGGCAGAGAGGAGUCGACGAGGCCGGAGAGGACAGGGGGUCGCCCGGGGAAGUCAAAAUCAGAAGGUGAGGGAGACUCUCUCCACUGGGGGUAAAAAGCCUAUCAUCAGCCCUCCAACGGGAGUGCUCAUGUCAUCCCCUACACUUGUAAAUUCCCAGCAAGCUUCAUCCACAGCUUCUUCUCCUUCUUCACCUCCACCGCCCCCUCUCCUCACACCUCCACAGCCGCCCCAGUCAGCUUCCACCAACACAGUUAUCAGUGAACACCACCCGCAGUCACCUUGGAUCUCUCACCCCAUUCCUCCAUUUCUGUCUGGACCAUCAGUGCUGUCCAGCUUGCAAGACAAACGAAGCCGCUCAAUUCUUAGAGAGCCCACCUUCCGCUGGACGUCCCUGUCCCACCCUGAACACCAGUACUUUUCCUCUGCUAAAUAUGCCAAGGAGGGCCUCAUUCGUAAGCCCAUAUUUGACAACUUCCGUCCUCCCCCUCUCACAGCUGAAGAUGUGGGGCUGUUGCCCCAAAGUGUUAGCGGAGCUGGUGGGGCUGCCACAGUUGCGUUCCCUGCACCAGGCAGUGGAGCAGGAACAGGGACUCGUUUGUUUGCCCCUCUUCAUCCCCACACCCACCACCAACAUCCCCCUUCAUCCCGCUUUGAUGCACCACUCCAGAAGCGCAGCCCAUUGCUUCGUGCUCCACGCUUUACACCCAGUGAGGCCCACUCUCGGAUAUUUGAGUCUGUUACACUGCAUCAGUCAUCCUCUGGGAGCAGCCCGGGCUCUCUGUCCCCACACCAGACACCUUCCACCUCUAGCAGACUCUCGCGACGCAGGAAACGACUGCCCUUGGGAACGCUACGUGACCACCUGCGAUCUCCUUCCCACUCAAUGACCAGACGUAGCAGCCAAGUUGGAGUUCCAACGUCUGUGGGGAAAGGCUCUACUGAGAAGUCUGUGCUGACUGGCACUGUCUCCAGUAGUAAUCCCAGCUCUUUGCCAGUGGUCUCUGCAAGUCCACUAGCCACUAGUGCCUUAACUCCUCCUUUCAGCACCUUCUCCUCAGUAUCCCUGGGUCUGGCCUCGCAAAGAACUCCUGAUAUCAGGAGAGGGGCUGCUGGAAACCAAGCUCCUUUGUCAACUACAUCAUCUGCUUCUUCCCCACUUUUCCCUCUUUUUCCUUCGGGUGCCCAAGACACAGGGCGAGGAUGUGGGAAAGGAGGUAAAGAUAAAAGCUUAUCAGUUCCCCAGGAACCUGCUCCAAAGGAAAAAGAAAGGGAUUCCGAGAAAAACCGAGAGAAAGAGAAGGAGAAUAAGAGGGAAGGGAGGAAGGAUAUGGAGAAAAGAAGUAAGGUUUCCACACCAGAUGGCUCCCCGAAUGCACCUUCCAGCCUGUUUACAGUGGAUGGGAGGGACUCAGAAGAUGCUCUUUUACCUCUUGCUCCAAAAAAGACUCCAGGGAGAAAAAAAUCAGCAUCAGUUGAUAUGGUUACUGACAGUGCUUCCUCAGAGGCACAUGGGCUCCAUUCAACUGUCCCCUUGUCCAUUGCUAAAGCACGCAUACCUAAGAAAGGCCGACCCUCUGAGAAAGGAGCGGAGAUGGAGGAUGGGGAAAAGGAGAAGGAGAAACAAAGUGCUUCUAGCCAGCAGACAGCAAGCCUUCCAGGACAACCAGGCAGACAACAGCUCCCUGUCUCCUCUCUUGGAUCAAUGUUGGCAGAAGCAGAGAAACAGCCUGUGACUGACAAGCGGGUAGUUGGACUACUGAAGAAGGCCAAAGCCCAGCUCUUUGAGAUCAAGAAGAGUAAGCUGAAGCCUGCAGACCAGACCAAGGUCCAGGGUCAGGAGAGUGAUUCGUCCGAGGCCUCAGUGCGUGGACCUCGCAUCAAGCACGUAUGUCGUCGUGCAGCUGUGGCUCUUGGCCGUAAUCGGGCAGUGUUCCCUGAUGACAUGCCCACACUUAGUGCCUUGCCCUGGGAGGAGAGAGAGAAGAUUCUAUCUUCCAUGGGGAAUGAUGACAAGUCAUCAGUAGCAGGCUCAGAGGAGGCAGAGCCUCAGUCCCCUCCCAUAAAGCCACGGGAGACACGGCAAAAGGUUGUUCAAGAAGCUCCUCCCAAGAAAGGGCGUCGAUCUCGACGCUGUGGCCAGUGCUCCGGCUGCCAGGUUCCAGAGGAUUGUGGCGUCUGCACUAACUGUCUGGACAAGCCUAAGUUUGGAGGACGGAACAUUAAAAAGCAAUGCUGCAAGAUGAGGAAGUGUCAGAACUUGCAGUGGAUGCCCUCCAAAAUGUUUCUUCAGAAGCAAGGUAAAGCAAAGAAGGAUAAGAAAAAGAACAAGGUUUCUGACAAGAAGGAGGGUCUCAAUCUGGUAAAAGGACCAAACUCCGAAUCUGGCCCCAAGCCAUCUCCUGCACCACCAAAGGAGGAGCCUCCCCGCAAAAAGAGUGAAACUCCUCUGAAGUUAGGAGAAGAAAAGUCAAGACCGCAGCCACCAUCAAAGCAAUCAUCUCCAGCCCUCGCAUCUUCCCCUGCCCCAGAAGAACCCCCUCAGGCUCUGAGCACAGUCACAACCCAGGCUCAGAGUCCAGCCCAGACACCAGAUCCCAAACAGCUAUCGGUCACGAGCCCUGUCACAGGGAAGAAGGGACAGAAGCCACAGCAGCCUGUACCGACACCCUCCUCCUCGUCCUCCUCUUCCACUUCAUCGUCUUCUUCCUCCUCAUCAUCUUCCUCCUCCUCAUCUUCAGCCCAGAAUUCCCCUUCCCAGUCUGCACAGUCUCACCAAGGGUCACAGCAGCAGCAGCGGCCUCUUACUAGUCAGGCACCUUCAAAAAAAGAUGCUUCAUCCAGGAUUUCUCUGAGUGAGCCCAAGAAGAAGCCUCAGGAGCAGCCAUCACAGCAGCAGAACGCUGCUACAACUAUUUCAGACACAGUUGAAUCAAAACCGUUGAAGAAGCCAACUUCUCGCAUUGUUCCUCCAUCUCCUAAACAGAGACCCAAAGACAAGCCACUGACCACUAAACCCCCCAGCAGCAGUACUUUAAACUGGCUGAGCACUCCCUCGACUAGGGGCCAGGUGAAGUCCAGGGCACCCUGCGACGGAGUGCAUCGUAUCAGAAUGGAUUUCAAGAGGGACCAUGAUGUGGAGAAGGUGUGGGAAGCUGGCGGCCUCAGCCUGCUCACCUCUGUGCCUGUCACACCCCGGGUUCUCUGCUUCUUAUGUGCUAGUAGUGGAAAUGUUGAGUUUGUCUUCUGCCAGGUAUGCUGUGAACCGUUCCAUCUCUUUUGCCUGGGGGAGUCAGAGCGCCCUCUCCAGGAACAGUUUGAGAACUGGUGUUGUCGACGAUGCCGAUUUUGCCAGGCCUGUGGGCGCCAGCACCAGAAAACUAAACAGCAGCUGCUAGAGUGUGAUAAGUGCCAUAACAGCUAUCACCCGGAGUGCCUGGGUCCAAACCACCCCACCAGACCCACCAAGAAGAAGAGAGUCUGGGUUUGCACUAAGUGUGUGCGCUGUACAAGUUGUGGAGCCACUAAACCUGGGAAGACCCGGGAUGCCCAGUGGUCACAUGACUUCUCCAUGUGUCAUGACUGUGCCAAACUCUUUGCUAAAAGCAACUUCUGCCCACUUUGUGAUAAGUGCUGUGAUGAUGAUGACUACGACAGCAAGAUGAUGGAGUGUGGUCGUUGCAACCGCUGGGUUCAUGCCAAGUGUGAGAAUCUGACAGAUGAAAUGUACGAACUGCUGUCAAAGCGGCCAGAGAGUGUUUCCUACACUUGUACCAAAUGCACUGAAUGCCAUCCGGCCGAGUGGAGGACAGCUUUGGAGAGGGAGCUUCAGGGCUGCAUUCGCCACGUCCUCAGUGCACUGCUCAACUCACGCACAUCCGCACACCUGUUACGCUAUAGACAGGCGGUAAAGCCUCCAGAGCUGAAUCCAGAGACAGAGGAGAGUCUUCCAUCCCGACGUUCCCCGGAGGGCCCAGAUCCUCCAGUCCUGACAGAAGUCACCCCCACACCUGCCAGUGACUCCCCUCCAGACCUGGAGUCUGUUGAGAAAAAGAUGGAGCAAGGCCGUUACAAUUCAGUGCUGGAGUUUAGUGACGACAUCGUGCGAAUCAUUCAGACGGCCAUCAACAGUGACGGUGGCCAGCCUGAGAGCAGGAAAGCCAACAGCAUGGUCAAGUCUUUUUUUAUACGACAAAUGGACCGAAUCUUCCCAUGGUUCAAAGUGAAAGAGUCCAGGUUCUGGGAAAGACAAAAAGUCUCUGCCAGCAGUGGGCUCCUCCCAAACGCUGUGUUGCCACCAUCCCUAGACCACAACUAUGCCCAGUGGCAGGGGAGACAGGAACUUUCCCACGCUGAGCACCCCCACCUCAUGAAAAAGAUCAUCCCAGCUCCCCAGCCCAACACCCCCGGAGAACCAGAUUCUUCCACCUCCCCUCCUCCAGUCCCUCCCUCUCUACCCCCACCACCCCCACUCCUACCUGAUCGUGAGGACGGUCCAGAGCUUCCUCCUCCACCAGGCAUUAGUGACAACAGGCAGUGUGUCCUGUGUCUGAAGUAUGGAGACGAGAACACAAACGAGGGUGGCAGGCUGUUGUACAUUGGUCAGAAUGAGUGGACCCAUGUGAACUGCGCCCUGUGGUCUGCCGAGGUGUUUGAGGAUGAUGACGGCUCACUGAAAAAUGUUCACAUGGCUGUUCUCAGGGGAAAACAGCUGCGCUGUGAAAAGUGUCAAAAGCCAGGGGCCACAGUUAGCUGCUGCCUCACCUCUUGCACCAGUAACUACCACUUCAUGUGCGCCCGCCAGUGCCACUGCGUCUUUCUAGAAGACAAGAAAAUCUAUUGUCCAAAGCACAGGAACCUCAUCAAGGGAGAAGUAGUGUCUGAGUUUGAGGUGACGCGCAGGGUCCUGGUGGACCUGGAGGGCAUGAGUCUCAGGAGGAAGUGGCUGACAGGACUGGAGCCUGAAAAUGUCCAUAUGAUGAUCGGCUCCAUGACCAUUGAUUGUUUAGGGAUUCUGACUGAACUCUCAGAUUCCAAACGCAAACUCUUCCCUGUAGGAUACCAGUGUUCAAGGGUGUACUGGAGUACUUUAGAUGCUAGAAAGCGCUGUGUGUACACCUGUAGGAUCUUAGUUUGUCACCCUCCAGUGGCAGAGUCUGACCUGAAGACAAAGGUGGCUCCAGAGGAGAACCGCACGAUAGCACACAGUCCCCCUCCUGUAGCAGACUUUCCUGAUCCUUUUGAAUCCCCAAGACGCUCUGACACCCUUUCCCCCACUAACACCCCCAAGCUCAGGGUUUACACCAGGAAUCGACAUCCCAGCUACCCCCCUUGUCAGCGCUCACAUGGCCCUAGGCCCAUGCCCUCUCCAGGUGGUACCUCUCAGUCCCAAAACCAUGAGGUUGUGACGGUAGGGGACUCCCUGGGGAACCUGGGAAUGCAGAAUAUUGACUCCCGUCGCCACAGCUCCCCUUCUCUCUCUCCUCCUCCUCACCAGCUAAACAGGCAGAGAGGGGUGACCUUGCCACUGCAGAUUUCAUCACGACCCCUUACGUCACCCCCUCCCCUCAUCCCUUCCCCUGCCAGAGACCCCGAAAAGUCCAAACACCUCAACAAAGACUUUGUAAAGGGUCCGGUCCAGAGAGACGAUGAAAAAGGUAGACUCUUCUCCACAGACAGAAACAGACAGCAACCAUCCAGAGAGCAAGGGCUGAGAGAUGCUGACAAGGGGAGAGCAUCAAGUCGAGACCAAGCUCCUAAGGAUUCUGACAAGAUCAGGUCAUUCAAAGAAGUUGGGCAGAAAGACUCUGAUAAGAGUGAACAAUCAGCCAAAGAGCCAGAAAUGAGGAGACCGUUGAGUAAAGACUCUGGUUUGAAAGAAUCUGAGAGGGGGAGACCUCUCAGUAGAGAUCCUUUAAGAGAGUCACCAAAGGGGAGACAAGUAAACAGAGAUUCUGAAAAGGGGAGACAGGCAAGCAGAGAGUCGAGCAAUAGAGAAACAGAUAAGAGCAAAUCAUCCUCUAAAGAUUCAGGUUAUAAGGAUAUAGAAAAAGCUAGGUCACUCAGCAAAGAUAUAGGGCUUAGGGACUCUGAGAAGCAUAGACAGUAUAGCAGGGAAACAGGAAGGGACUUAAACCAAGGUAAGGACAGACCAUCUAGCAAGGACUCUGACAAGAGUAGACCUCCCUCUAGAGAUUCCAGUUAUAGAAGCACAGAGAGAAACAAAAACUCUGGCUCAGGGAAAGAUAGUAACCCUGGCAGUCAGUCCAAACAGGCCGGAGGAGAGAGUAAGAGCACCAGACUGGCACCUGCAGACUCAAGCCAGUCCUCCCCUCCUGUGGGCACUACUGUUGUCACAGGUCAGCAGAGAAGUGGCAGCAUCAAGCAGACAGGCAAGCAAGGGAAACACGGAGGCAAAGACCAGGAUGUUUCUGCAAGUCUCAGUUUGUUGCACCGUUGCCGCUCCACCUCUAACAUCAUCCAGCCUAAGGACAAGCUUGGCUCAGGGAAGGAGACUAGUAGCGGCACUGGAAAUUUAAUGACAGGUUCACACCACAAGGAUUCUGUUGUUGGGAAAUCUGGUUCCCCACAGCCUUCAUUUCAGAAGUCCACUGUGUGGAAAUCAAACGAUUACUCAUCGGGUUCAGCUUCAGCAGCAGCUGUGAGGCCCCUGUGGCUGUCGAGGACACCAGCGGAAGAUGAUGUCACCAAGCGAGGCUCCAUACACCUGGCCUCCCCGGCUGCAGCCUCAGCUGCCAAAGAAAAACACCCCAAAGUUAAGGCAGGCAGCAGAGAAGUGUCCAAAGACCGUGAAAGAGAGAAGACUCUACAAAACAACAACAGCAGCAACAAAAAUCUGCUUCUCAACAAUAAUACUAAAGCGACUGGCAGCUGCAACACACAUGCUACAAACCCCAGCUCUCACAACAGCAGCAACAGCAAAGCUGCAGUGCUAGGAAACAGCACCAAAACCCAUGGGAAGGCUCAGGGAGAGAAGCAUGAGAACCAGGAAGGAGACAGGUCAUCCUCAAAGAGCAGAGAAAAUUACCCCUGUCCUGAGAGAAAGAACAGCUCCAAUCUGAACAACUUGCAACAGCUGCAGCAGGUUGGUUUAGCUCCAGAGAAAGGACUGAAGACCUCUUCCCAGUCUCACACCAAACCAACAAAUAACCAGCCACAGUUCCCCUCAAAAGAGAAAAAGCGAUCCGUUAAACUCCCCACUGUAACUCCACUAAAGACUGACCUCAAGCCUGACCCUAAUGGGACCAGCGCUGUUGGUGGUAUUUCUUCUUCCUCCUGCCCUACGACCACUACCUCCACUGUUUCUCCUGCUGGACAGGGGACCCGUCCCUCAGCCCACUCUGGUCUCUUCUCCCCCCCCUCCACCAGCAACAGUGACAGCUCUGAAUCUGACACCCAGACUCAGACAGAGGAAGACGAUUUGUGCAAGGAGCGCUCGCACAGCAAGCUCCGAGACCACCACAGCCUCCUCACUCAAGGCACUGAGGAUGAGGGUGAUGGCCCAGAAGAUGACCAUAACAGAGGUAUGGAUGAUAAACAUCACGAGGAUGACAGUGACGGGUCAGGGUCAGCCAAGCGGCGCUACCCGCGACGCAGUGCCCGUGCUCGCUCCAACAUGUUUUUUGGCCUCACUCCUUUCUAUGGGGUUCGCUCAUAUGGAGAGGAGGACCUGCCCUUCUAUGGCAGCGGGGAUGGAGCUGGGGCCAUGGUAAAGAGGAGGACUGGUGGUCGCAAGAAGUCAGCUGAGGGACAGGUGGAUGGAGCAGAUGACAUGAGCACCUCCUCUUCAUCAGGGGACAGUGGAGAGGAUGAAGACAAUGGAAUGAAACAGAGGGGUAAAGACCCUUACUAUUACAACUUCACCAGAACAAUAAUAAACCCUGGUGAGGGCCUGCCGUCUAUAGAAGGGAUAGACCAGUGUCUUGGACGGGGUUCUCAGCUUCAGCGCUUUCUAAAAGAUGAGGAGCAGCAGCAACAGAGGACUCAAGGAAAAGUUGAAGAGGACAUGUUGAGUGCUUUGACCCUAGGGAAGCAGCAUAUUGGCCAGCUUGACGGUGUUGACGAUGGCUCAGAAAGUGAUACCAGUGUCUGCACCACCAGCACCACAACCACUACGGCCACCUCCUCUUCCACCCCACAUAAGAGCACGCCCAAGAGAAGGGGCAGAGAAAGGCACACUGAGAAACCUGACUCCCAUGACUUGAGGAAGGAGGCUGACAACAGCAGCGGGGCAGUAAGUGGCAACACGCGAGAAGGCCGAAAGAAUCUGAAAGAAAACUGUCUUCCUCUCGGGGUCAAGUCCCAAACACAGAAUCAGGGUCAGGAUCCUCUCGAGGCCCAGCUGUCCCUCAGCACAGACCUGCUUAAAUCAGACUCUGACAACAACAACAGUGAUGACUGUGGGAACAUUUUGCCAUCAGACAUUAUGGAGUUUGUUCUGAACACACCUUCCAUGUCAAUGCAAGCUCUGGGUCAGCAGUCUGAGCCUUCCUCCUCAGAGCUGCUGCUGGAUGAGGGUUAUGUCGGAGUGGAUGUCAAUCGCCGCAAAGACAUUCUGUUUGAAGACUUUCCUCAGCCGCUGCCCAAUGCUGAGGGUGGAGGUGUUGUUGAGAGUACUGUGAAUAGCUCCAUAUCUGUAGAGGAGCCAUAUCUUCCUCUGGAGCUGCCCUCUGACCUCUCUGUCCUAACCACACGCAGCCCUACUGUCAGCACAAGUCAGAACCACACGGCUGGAAGUCUCAUCUCUGAUACCUCAGACCACACCAUGCUGGGCUUGACUUCUGACCCAGAGGCCAUCAGUGGAGAAAAGAGUGGCAACAAGAAAAGAGCAGGGCCAGGCAGGUCACCAUCGGAGAAUCAGCAUGAUGCUACAACUCUGGGAAACAGGGACACACAGGUCACCGAAGGGCACAUAACUCCUGAGCAGUUUAUUCCCAGCCCUGCUGUUGGUCAGGUGGUUGAACCUCCAGGUAAUCAAGAAGUUCCCAGGAGUUCUGGUACUCCUGGUUUGCCAAGUUCUCCCUCCCUGCCCCUUCAGGGUCAAAAGUACCUCCCAGCAUCAGCUGUAGCUGCAGGUAGCCCCAGUUCAGUCCCUGGACCAGGACCAUCUCAGGCUCAGGUUUCUAGUCCAGCAGUCAUCAAACCAGGCCCUGACAAGCUCAUUGUGGUCAAUCAGCAGUUUCAGCCCCUCUAUGUCCUUCAGACUGUCCCUAAUGGUGUCACGCAAAAAAUUAGUGCCACAGGAGUGAUGGACACUAGCUCUCCUGCAGUGCUGAGCUCUAUGACACUUACCACGGGGCUAAAUACUGGUCUGUCUCCAGCCCAGCCAAUAUUUCCUGCUGGUGGCAAAGUCCUGGGCACCAUGCCGCACCCCUCUCAGAUUCACACUUUUACAGGAGCCACACAGGCAGGCUUCCCAGCAGGAAGCCCCAGCACCACUUCAGGGCUUCUUAUUGGUUUGCCCUCUCAGCCCCACGAACAGUCCCAGAUUCUAGUCUCAGAGGCUGGUCGACCACAUGAGUUGGGUCCUAGCGUUGCCAUAGUGUCCAGUCCCUCCUCCCUCACUUCUUCCCCAGCUGUACUUGCCUCUGCUCAUGGCAGGAAGAGGCCCAUCUCUCGUCUUCAGCCAAGAAAAAGCAAAAAGUUGGCCCGCUCUCGUAGCCAGCCUACUCUGGCUCCAUCUGAAGUGGGCCCUCCUAACAUGACCCUCAUUAACCUGUCUUCCCCUCAGAUUACUGCCAGCAUCCCUGGCCAGCCUGGUGGCCUAGUUGAGUUAAGCACCCUCUCCACUUCUCAGCGCAAGGUCCCAAAUAUUAUCAAGAGACCAAAAUCAGGUGGGCUUAUGUACUUGGAUCCCACUACUCUUCUUCAGCAGAGGAUUCCCGGUUCUACUCCACCUGGUAUCCUGGGUCACGAUUCUUCUGCUCAUCUCCUACCUUGCACAGUUUCAGGUCUCAACCCCAGUCAGUCAGUAUUGAAUGUUGUGUCUGUGCCCCCUAGUGGUGCUACGGGCAUCCUUGCACCAGGAUCAGUUUCCCUCUCCGCCCUCAGCUCUACUGAGAUCACAGGACCUAUUAGCAACCUCCUGUUUAAGGCCAGUCCACAUGGCUUAGGUUUGUCUGAUCAGCCAAUGGUCCUUCAGUCUGCAGGAGGAGCUCCUCUGAUGUCACAGCUUAGCUCCCCUGUGCAGACUUCUAUAGCUAGCAGCAUCUGCGUCCUGCCCUCCCAACAGACUAUCAGCAUGGCUGUCAACCAACAAGUAGAGACAGAAGGAAGUAAUGUCCACUUACAGCACCAGUCUCAGCUUGUCAACAGGGCCCAGGUUGUGGACUCCAGCUCAAACACCACUGUUACUUUAACCCCUGGUCUAGCCACCCCUCUAAGCCCUGCUAAGGGACGUGUUGUUGGAGUGUUUACUCAAACACAAACCUCCGCACACUCCCAGAGCAGUAGAACAACUCCUAUUUCGAGAUCAUCAGAACAAUGGCCGUCUAACUCCACCUCAGUAGUGUCAGCAGUAGUUGCAGUUUCAGGAGCAGAAAAAGGCAAACAGAAAGUCAAGAGGAGUAGGCAGAGUUCAGACCUCACCAGUGGGAAAAAGCUCAAGGCCUCUCAGGCAGAGGAGCACCACAGCAGCCCUGCAGGGCGACUCCCAUCAAACCCAAGAUCCAAAGAGCUUAGCUCUCCUGAACCUAUGGACACUGGCAAGCCCUCAGAUAAGGCAACAAACAAGAGUGUACUUGGUAAAAUGAAGACAUCUGAAGGUCCUGUUUUGCCGGGAGAAGUAAUGGGUAAAGACAAAGUAUCUGCAGCCAGAGCAGCAGGACCUCUUCUUGUGGCAUCACCACCUGACCAAGAUGGCAAUAGCACGGAUACAGGCCUGGAUAGCAAACCCAAGAAGGGUAUCAUCUUUGAAAUCUGCAGUGAGGAUGGCUUCCACAUCCGCUGUGAGAGUAUUGAAGAGGCUUGGAAGUCCUUGACUGAUAAGGUGCAGGAAGCUCGCUCCAAUGCAAAACUCAAAGAGCUCUCCUUUGAAGGUGUGAAUGGACUGAGGAUGCUGGGAGUCGUCCAUGAGGCAGUGGUCUUCCUGUUGGAACAACUGUAUGGUUCCAGACAUUGUCGGAGCUAUCGUUUCCGCUUCCACAAACCACAGGAAUCCAAUGAACCUCCCAUCAACCCUCAUGGAUCAGCACGUGCAGAGAUCCACCACAGGAGGUCUGUAUUUGACAUGUUCAAUUUCUUGGCCUCAAAACACCGGCAGCCUCCUGAGUACAGGCCGCAAGAAGAGGAAGAUGAGGAAGGGCAGCUCAGGACUGCCAGGCGAGCAUCCAUGGAGCAGCCUCUGACUGUGAGAUUCAAACAACUGAAGGCCAUCUUUAAGCAAACUGUUGGAGUCUACAGGUCUCCCAUUCAUGGCCGAGGUCUGUUCUGCAAGAAAACCAUUGAUGCUGGGGAGAUGGUCAUUGAAUACUCUGGAAAUGUCAUUCGUUCUGUUCUCACUGACAAGCGGGAGAACUAUUACAGUGGAAAGGGGAUUGGCUGUUACAUGUUUCGCAUCGAUGACUAUGAGGUGGUAGAUGCCACAGUGCAUGGCAAUGCUGCCCGCUUCAUCAACCACUCCUGUGAGCCCAACUGUUACUCUCGGGUGAUCACCGUGGAUGGCCAGAAGCACAUUGUCAUCUUCGCCUCCCGGCGCAUCUACUGUGGAGAGGAGCUCACCUACGACUACAAAUUCCCUAUUGAGGACGCCAGCAACAAGCUGCCCUGCAACUGCGGUGCAAAGAAUUGUCGCAAGUUCCUCAACUGAUACUCAUGUAUAAACGGUUUAAAGAGACUAGGUCUGUUGAUCAGCAGAAGCCCCCUGCUGGGUUUUUUUUUUUUUUUUUUGUGGCUUUUAGCCGAAAUUACUGGUCUGUUCUGCGUGGGACCACAGCUGCCGUGUGUCUGCUGCUGGUGUUGGCAGAGCACAGCAGAGACACUGGUUAUGGGUUGUACUGAUUAUGCAGGAAGGGCCAUUUUGGAGGAGGAGCCAUUUAUGGGAAUUCCAGCAUAUUGUGCCUCUUUUUGUCUCAUUUAUAUUUGGCAUGGGAAGUUUCACCUUAAGUGGUGAGUUUUGAAAUGGUUUGAGCCACAGCACCGCAAUAUUAUUAUUUACAUUUGGAUGAUAAUCCCUUCAUCAUUUUUUUACAUUGGCCCAUCCUCCUUAAUUUUCUAGAAAUAUGUUAUGGUCCACUAAUGCUGAGAUGUGAACACAGAGGGAAAAACAAAUAAAUCAAAGAACUUGGUUCCAUUUUACACCAAAGUGCAAUUUGUUGAAGGGACUUGGUAGGUACAUUAAUUGUUGGAAUUUCUUCUUUUUUUUUUUUAAUCUGAGUAUCAGCUGUUACUGAUCCACAUCUCCCUGUCUGAAUGUGCCCCAAUGCCUUCAGAGCCGCUGUGAUUUACUGAAACCUUCCCCCAAUCCAGCUUUUACACAAGCUUAUAUAAGUGUGCACAUUCGACACUGUAAAUAGAAGCUGUCUGUGGGUGUAGCAGCCUGAUAAGAGCUGUACAGGUAGAAACACUAGGGGGCAGAGUGGCCACAGAAAGGACAAGAUUAAAAAACAGAGGAAGGGGUGGGGAGGGGUGCUAAUUUCGAUUUGGGGGGGGGUAUUUUAUGUCAUUAAUUUAAAGGGUGAUAUCUGAGCUUGAUACCAUCCCUUGUACUUAAAUAGACCUUUAGUCUGAGUGUGGAAGCUACGUGUCAUUGAUAGGAUGAAGCAUCAGAGCGAGGCAGCUAGAGAUUCUGGUGGACUGACAGCCAAGGGACUGGACAACCCUACUGAUAUGCUUUAGUAGACAUGUGUAAUUGAUUUUUGGAGCUUAAAGCAACAGGUCUCCUAGAAACAGAGAGACAUGUUGCAAGAUUGCUUGCUGUCUAUUAGAUUUCCUUUUGGUAAUUAUUUAAGCUUGGACUUUUGAAUCACGUUCCAAAUUACAGCAGCAACGAGAACCAAACAUCUCACCCUUGAAUUGAGUUUUCACACGCCUUGUUUUCUUCUUGGCCUGUUGUGAUAACUAUGGAAAAUGGUUUUUAUUUGUAUUAAGUCUUGUUUGUAAUCUGUCUUUCUGCUAUGGACAGGGAUAUCGUGUUUGCUUUUAAAAACAAGUGUAAAUAAUGUAUAUUUUUGUACAAAAAUACUUAAAAAGCACUCAAAAGUGAAUAGCACUUAAUGAUGGUAUUUAUAUUUUUUAAAAAUUAUUUAUUUUAUUGCCAUUUUUGUAGAAAAUAGAGGUUUACAAACACUAAUGCUUGGUUUCUAUGUUUUGUAUUCCACUGCCUUUUCAGAGUUGUUUUUGUCAUAAUUUUUUCUUUCUUUUUUAAUUUGUAUCCUGAAUGUUUUCUUUGAUUCCAAAGACUGACGCUGGUCUGUGGCUCGGUCCCAUCUUAGUUCAGUCCACCAGUAGCUCUUUAUCUAAUCCUGGGCAGUUUGGCCAGAGCUGGCAGGUUUUUUCAUUGUCCCAGUUUCUAGCUGACAGUAUGACAGUCAUGGGAACUAUUAUUAUGCACUUGAGAGAGUUUAGCCUUAUUGUCUCCACACCAAAUCACACUGAGAAUCAAGGCCACUUACAGGCUGCUACCAGAAGGUCUUAUCAAAACAGGUUUUUUUUUCCUCUCACCUAUCAGCCAAUUGACAACAUAUGAACUUUUCACAUCUGACCAGAAAGGGGUUUGUCCCACUGCAGAUUUGGUCUAAAAUAAGGAGGUGCCUCUGUUGAGCCACUUUCUCCUGGUGAUCAGUGCUCAGAGCAUUUUCUAUUCUUUGAUUCAGUCUCUUCAUGGUUUGCCUUAGUUGCUACAGAGCAUGCAUCUCUUCCCUCACAAGCCUUCAUGUCCUGGACUGCUGAGACUGGCUGGUUCCACAGUAUGACUUUGCUUUUGUCCCUUUUAAUUUACCCUUCUUAGCCAUUCUUGCUGAGUUCGUUAUCACCUUAAGGCCGUUAGCAGUAACUCCCAUACUGCUUGUUGUUGUUGUUAACUGAUACAAAAAUAUGACCCACACGUGAUUUGCACUUUAGCUGUGACACAGGCACUGAAUAGACACAGGAACACUCAGCUCUUUCUCCAGACAGAUGAUGCAAGUCCAAUGCUGAAACCACCUGCACAGAUGGUCAUUUAUGAGUUUGUGCAUUAGGCCCUGAGUUCAGUCAACCUCAAUCUGGUCUUGAUGACUCCUGACAGUGGUGUUUGAGACUCUAGCAAAGUGCACUUGACUCUUUUUCUGCAACAAAGUGAAGACAGGGACAACACCAGCAGCCCUUUCCUUCCUGAAGGCUCAGUGUGUACAAACCUUGGCUGUUCUUUUUCCAUGUGGGGCCCAAGAUCAGGUCUUGAGGCCCCUCCACGCUGACUGAUGGGCCAGCCUCGUGGUGGUACAGCUGCAGCUACACUGGGCUCGCUGGGUUCUGCUGCUAAGGUAAACAAUGAAUGUAUAUUCCUUCUUCACAUCACCAGACUUGUGAUGAUGUAGAUAGUGUGUCAGCUGUCAUUUGUUUUCAGUUCUUGUGUCAGCAACCCUGGUAGAUACGGAUGCUGUGUAGAUAUGACCUCGCAGUGGGGGCAGCAGCAGUUUCGUUUCAGCACUGGGAAUAAUACAGAUAUGUGAACAGCAGUGCCAUUCUGUCUGUAGAACAACAGGUUUUAGUGGGUUAGCUAAAACAGUUCAUGCUAGCGUCAGUGACAGCACAUUCGCUGAUGCCAAGGGCUCUGUCUACGACUCGCUUCUCGAGAUCCACUUCUGCAUCUUCAGGGUCAGAAGGUCCAAUAACCAAUAAGUCAUUUAUUUCGCAAUUUGAAACCACAUAUAUACAAUAAGAAACCGGACUCCGUUGUUUCUUUGGACUUGGUUCUACCAUGCCACACCAGUGGCCCUUCUCCGUCUUUAUCUGUAAUUAUAGUAUAAAUACAUAACAAUAAUAUAGGGAAACAUGCAUAAGUAAUUUCUUGUACUUUAGUAUCUAUACAAUAUAUGGUAUGGACAGACAAACUUAGUUACAGUAGCAAAAACAACAGAUUUAUAAUGGUUAAUAGCAAUGUUUCAAUGUACUCUAUAAUGGCUUUGUGUUACAGUACUAUCAGAUGAAACUAAUGUGCAUCAUUCUUUUGUAUAUUGAUAUCCAGUUCCAGUUUUGCUGUGCCUGUGAGUGUUCCUUCACCAGCAAGGAGCAUUGCAGUUUUUCUUUCUUUUUCUUUCCGUAAAGAAACAGUUUUUAUGUGAUGACAAAUGUAACUGUAUUAAUGUGGUUGUGAACUUCUUGAGGUCGGCCAUUUUGUUUUUUGUUUGUUUUUGUUUUGUUCUGUUUUUCUCUGCUUGAUGUAGUGAAUGUUUUUUCGUUUGUACAUUUUAACAGGGACUUUUUUUAGAAGGGUUACUUGAUGUGGUAUAAAUGAACGAGUUUGGUUUAUGGGGACUGAGCAGGAGUUUUAAUGAUUGCACCGAAAUGGCAGGUUUUUGUUUUUUUUUGUUUGUUUGUUUGUUUGUUUUGUUUUUUUCAUUUUGGAAACCUCUUGCGUGUCCUUGAUCACUUCUCUCUCUCUCUCUCUGUCUCUCUCUCUCUCUCGCUGAACUUUGGUUGUACUUACCAUGUACUGUUUUUAUAGAAAGUCAUAAAUGCUGACGCCGAAAACAUUUUAAUUUAUUUAUUUUGUGCAACAUCCUCCCUAAAUUGGUUUUUUUUUUCAAAAGUCACUGUUUGGGAGCUUUGGAUGAGUACUUAACAUGUAUUUGUAAUUUUCUAAUUGUUUCUUGUGUACAGAAGUUAUCAGCCUAGGAUGGGAUGUGGUGUCACAGAGGGGGCGGGCACAGGACGGGCUAAUAAGAGGGGUCAUGGCUCAUAAACAGGCUUGUUUUCCUAUGCCUUGAAUAUACCUUUGUCUUAUCAAUACUCCUGCUUGUUGUAACAACGGUAUUCAUAAGUCAUAUUCUCUCCCGUUUUUGACAGUGUUCUUUCAGUACACAUCAACAAAAUGAAGGAAAACCACAAACUACAUGGUUGAAUGUAUAAUUUGGAAACAAAGUUGUACAUACGUGUAAAAAGAAAAGUUUCUAAUCAUGUUUAUUUUCUAUGCACUUUUUUAUUUAAGUGAUAGUUUAAA